GUCUGUCUGUCUCUCUCUCAAACACGCACAUACAGAUGCACACACACCCAGGCUCAUAGAAGGCCUAUAGUUUUAAAGUAUGCUAUCAAUCAAAGUAUGAAUGGAGGAAAUACAGUGUUGCUAAAGACUAUCUGUGUAUCAAACUGGAUAGAAAACCUCUGUUAGCUUAUAGCCUGCUUACAGCGCCUCAUACCAUCAAUGUAAACAUAUUAUUUACAGUCAUUUGCCAGGGAUCAAUUUACACAAGUAUAUUCAAUGUUAUACAGUACGUAUAGGGUUGGUUUCCCGGACGCAGACUAACCCUAGUCCUGGACUAAAUAGCAUGGUCAAUGGAGAGCUGUGACAUCAGGAUGGAUGUCACAUUGUCGUCUAGUGAUUUCCAUUGGCAAAGGUUGACCAAUCCGAAGCUAGAAUAAUGGAAAAGGGUCACAACAAUGACACUGGAACUUAGAAGACAGAUGCCUGAUGACCUGCAUGGUCUGUCUGGAGUAAUUUACAGGAGAGUGUGUUUGAGUGAGUUGGACAGACAGCUCAAGGUGAAUACUUUCCAAGGCAGAGAAAAAGGGGCCCACUGACAUAACCAUAGAAAUAGAAUGACUAGAAUGGAUAAUCCCCUCAGACCACAGCAAUUUCAUAGCACCCUCACGGGUACAACCCAAUCUGGCUCAAUGAAUGGGCCAUGUCUGUUCUAGUGGUUCUAUUUAUACGGACACAACACUAUCCACUAUGCUCUGGCACCUGACCUAGGGAGGCAUGGGAUUGUUAAACAGGGCCAGGUGCCUGUGUCUUAAAUCACUCCGCUGCUACAGAGGUAUGGUAUGUAUGAGACAGGCCGUUCUAUAAACAGAGGAAGAGAGACACAUGCAGACAGACACCAGAGCUGGACGUGAAUGAGAGUAGUCUAUACUGAUUCAAGACUAACUGACACAGGACUAAAAGUCUUUGGCUUAUUACAACUUCACUUGGCAGCAUCAUUAGCCGAGCUCUUCGUCACCGGUAUAACUGAUCACCUCGCUUAGAGUAAGACCAUGGAGAUGAAGACCCAGGAUCAGGAGAUGCUGUUGAAGCACCAGGAAUGUCUGAAGAGGCAAAGAGAAGCGGUGAAGUUCCGAAUGAAGAAAUUGAGCACAAAGCAAACUGAAAUCGCUAAAAAGUCAUCAGCAAUGAGGGAGAGUAUAAGGAAGAAGUAUGAAGACAUCCAGAGAGUUCUGGAUGAGGACCUGGCGAUGACUCUAACCCACCUGGAGAUGGAGGAGAGAGCUGCAGUCACAGCCCUGGAGGACCUGAUGGAGAAGAACUGCACCAUCAUUCAGGAGAUAGAGCAGGAUCUGGCCAGGCUCACAGCUGAGCUGGCCCAGAAGGACAUUCUACUGCCCUAUUCACUGGACACUGAGAUAGUUGGCAGAGUGAUAGAUCUGCUGAGCAGGACAGAUCCCAGCAAAGUGAACUUGGAUGAGCCUAAAGCUGACCAGAUCCUCAGCCUCACCAACAACAUGCUGCUUCUCAUACGUUCCCAGACCCCCAUCACCAAGAGACUCAUCAAGAGCUAUUCCACAGAGGUUUCCCUGGACCCAGAUACAGCGCACCCUAAGCUGAUAAUUUCCCCGCGCGGUGACAGUGCCACCUACACAGACACCUGGCAGGAACUACCAGAGCUCCCGGGCCGCUUUGACACCACCCUCAACGUGAUCAGCCUGCAGGGCUUCAGCUCUGGGCGUCACUACUGGGAGAUAGACGUGGCUGGUAAGACGUACUGGGAGCUGGGCCUCACCUACCCCACCAUCUCCCGCAAGGGCCGCGCUGAGGACUGCUGGCUGGGCCGCGGCUCUGACUCCUGGGCCGUGGAGUUCUUUGAUGGGGAGUACACAGCCUGGCACAGUGGUGUGCCCCACCAGCUGCCUGUCACAAAACACUUCAGCCGUAUUGGGGUGCUAUGUAGUUUCCCAGCGGGCCUGGUGUCUUUCCUGGGGGCGGACAGUAUGACCCCUCUGUUCUCGUUCUGCGCAGGGGCUUUCAGGGACUGUCUCCACCUGGCGUUGUGCUCAGGUCACGAUCACAAUGGUACAAACACCAAACCCAUUGUGAUCUGUAACGCACCUCCACCUCUUAGUGCUUUCCAGAAGGAUUCCUCCUCGUGAUUUCCAGAAUGCCCAGGAAUGCUGACUCUGCUCUUUAUGAUGCUCCUACUGACUCUUAAAGGCUUUAUCAUUGGAUCAUCAGCAUUUAGUCAGCGAUGUUAUUUGACAAUUUCUCAUGUUGCUGCUCUUUUAUCUAUACAAGUACUUAAAUAUGCAUUCUGUAAUCUAUUAAUGACUG